CCGGCCCUCGCGGCCGCACACACAUCCACACUCCUCGCCGGGCAGCCUCCCUCCCGCCCUCUUCCCCCUUCCCCUCUCCCUGCAGCCGCGUCCCUACUGCGCCGCCGGGGCAGCCCAGAGCGCGGCGCGCAAGGGCACCGGCGCCAGGGGCCGCGCACCUCGGGGCCGCGGCGGGCCCGGGUCCAGGCUCGCACCGGCGCUCUCUAGCCGCGACCCAGCUCAGGCAGCCAGCAUCCCGAGCCCGGUCCCAUCCAGGCAUCGCCCUCGGCCCAGAGAGAGGAUGAACACCCCGGGCCAGGCACGAAGUCGCCUCUCAACUUUGUAAAGACAUGACUGGAGUGUAUCUGAGUGUAGCGCGGACAGGGAGCUGAUGCGGAGAGUCGGCCCGCUGCCCUGCCUCCUCCUCCCAGGGCCGCCGCCGCCGUCGCAGCCUCGCGCGUGCACAGACACGGCCCUCGGGCCGCGUUUCCGCGCUCCGGCCGCGGGCUUGGAUGCGAGUUUUCCUUUCCGAAGGAGGCAGAGCUCGCGUGGAGCGCUGAGGGGCUCAGCCUCCACCCACGCGUCGCUAGUGCUGUCACGCGCGGGCUGGCCGGGAGAAGGGACCCGCUCGCCUAGCUUUGUUGUGGAAAUCCGGUUACCUGACUUAUCACCUAUCCCAUGGAUAAGUUACUUGCCUUACCUUGAAAGAAUCAAUAGUGCCAUUGGAUAUUGAUCUGCGUGGCCUCCGGGCUUUCAGAAUGAAUGGAAGGUCAUGUGGCAUGAAUCUCCACCGGACAUCAAGAGCCCCACAGGGACCUGGGCUACUCAGUGGCCAGCAUAUCCUUCCCGUCAGAGCUCACUCAGGCACUCCCUGCUCCUCUUCCUGUGCCAGCACACCGAGCCCUACUCUUGGAAGUCUUGCUAACAGUCUUCACCUCAAGAUGUCCUCGGGAGCAGGGAUGGCUCCUCAGAGCAACAUGGCUGCGAGCCCCAUCCAUCUGCCUGCCCUGAGCCCCAGGAGACAGUUACUAGCCAAUGGGAAGCCUCAGUUCCAGGUAACCCAGGCCGGGGUUAUGGCAGCAUCGCAUACUUUAAAGCCCAAACAGCAAGAAUUUGGAGACCCCUUCUCUCCAAAUCCCGAGAAAGGGGCUCUUGGCUUUGGGCCUCAGUGCAAGCCCAUUGGAAAAGGCAGCUGCAACAAUCUAGUGGUCACCAGCAGUCCCAUGAUGGUUCAGCGGCUGGGACCCAUUUCACCUCCUGCAAGCCAGGUCUCCACAGCAUGCAAGCAGAUCAGUCCUAGCUUACCGAGGGCAGUGAACGCAGUCAACCUGAAUAGACCUCCUUCAGACACCAGGUCCGUUAUUUUGCAAGAGUCUCUGGUGUCCACGACUUUGAGCCUGACAGAGAGUCAGUCGGCCUUGAGUGUGAAGCAAGAGUGGUCUCAGAGCUACAGGGGUUUUCCUUCACUUUCAUCCAACCACAGCUCCCAGAAUGGCAUGGACCUAGGGGACCUUCUUAGCUUGCCUCCGGGCACGCCAGUGUCUGGCAACAGCGUCUCUAACUCCUUGCCACCCUACCUUUUCGGCAUGGAAAACAGCCACUCUCCUUACCCCAGUCCUCGGCACUCAGCAACCAGGCCCCACUCCACCCGCUCCAAAAAGAGAGCGCUGUCCUUGUCCCCGCUGUCCGACGGCAUCGGGAUUGACUUCAAUACUAUCAUCCGUACUUCACCCACAUCCUUGGUGGCCUACAUCAAUGGAUCAAGAGCCUCCCCAGCCAACAUGUCUCCGCAGUCGGAGGUCUAUGGGCAUUUCCUGGGUGUCCGUGGCAGCUGCAUCCCCCAGUCUUGCGCAGUGUCCAGCGGGCAGAAAGGCGUGUUGGUUACCAGUGGAGGGCAUACGCUGCCGGGCUACGGAGAGGAUGGCACACUGGAGUACGAACGCAUGCAGCAGCUGGAGCACGGUGGCCUGCAGCCUGGAUCUGGAAACAGCAUGGUGUUGCAGCCCGGCCUACCGGGCCAGGAUGGCCAGACAGCCAACAUGCUCAAAACGGAGCGCCUGGAGGAGUUCCCGGCCAGUGCCUUGGACCUGCCCUCUGCACCGCCUCUCCCUCUUCCCGCGCCUCAGGGCCCCCCACCCCCAUACCAUGCUCAUCCACACCUUCAUCACCCAGAGCUCCUGCCUCACACCCAAUCGCUGCCCCUGGCCCAGGCUGGCCUGGAAGAGGAUGGAGAGCUGGAAGAUUCAGGGGGUAAGCACUGCUGUCGUUGGAUAGACUGCAGCGCCCUUUAUGACCAGCAGGAGGAACUGGUGAGGCACAUCGAGAAGGUCCACAUAGACCAGCGCAAGGGGGAAGACUUCACGUGCUUCUGGACUGGCUGCCCUAGAAGAUACAAGCCUUUCAACGCACGAUAUAAACUGCUGAUCCACAUGAGGGUCCACUCUGGGGAGAAGCCCAACAAGUGUACGUUUGAAGGUUGCAAGAAGGCCUUUUCCAGGCUCGAGAACCUCAAGAUUCACUUGCGGAGCCACACGGGCGAGAAGCCGUACCUGUGCCAGCACCCAGGCUGCCAGAAGGCUUUCAGCAACUCCAGCGACCGUGCCAAGCACCAGAGGACACAUCUUGACACUAAACCUUAUGCCUGUCAAAUUCCAGGAUGCACAAAACGCUACACAGAUCCAAGCUCCCUAAGAAAGCACGUGAAGGCACAUUCUUCCAAAGAGCAACAAGCAAGGAAAAAGCUGCGGUCCAGCACUGAGCUCCAUCCAGAUCUCCUCACAGACUGCCUCGCUGUGCAGCCUCUGCAGCCAGCCACUUCCCCCAGAGAUGCUGCCGAUCGCACCGUGGGACACUCCCCAGGGCCUGGGCCUGAACUCUAUUCAGCUCCCAUUUUCGCCAGCAAUCAUUCAACCCGAAGUGGAACAGCUGCUGGGGCCGUGCCACCCCCACAUCCUGUCAGUCACCCUUCUCCGGGACAUAAUGUACAGGGGAGCCCCCACAACCCCUCCUCCCAGUUACCUCCACUCACAGCUGUGGACGCAGGCACUGAGAGGUUUGCACCUCCGACUCCAUCUCCUCACCACAUCAGCCCGGGAAGAGUUCCAGCUCCUCAGUCACUGCUACAGAGAGCACAAGCUCCCCACACCCAGCAGCCACCAGGCUCGCUCCUGAAGCCCUACCAGCCAGAAACCAACUCUUCUUUUCAGUCAAAUGGUAUCCAUGUCCACGGAUUCUAUGGCCAGCUGCAGACAUUCUGCCCCCCGAAUUACCCUGAUUCCCAAAGAUCGGUGCCACCCAGCAGCUCCUGCAGUAUGGUGCCUUCCUUUGAGGACUGUCUGGUCCCCACGUCCAUGGGUCAAGCUGGUUUUGAUGUUUUCCACAGAGCCUUCUCAACACACUCAGGCAUCACAGUGUACGAUCUGCCUUCCGCUUCCUCCAGCCUCUUCGGUGAAUCUCUUCGCAGUGGCCCCGAAGAUCCCACGUUCUUGCAGCUCAGCGCUGUGGACCGCUGUCCUAGCCAGCUCUCCUCUGUGUAUACCGAAGGCUGAAAGCUCCCAGGCUUCUCCUGCACAUUUGGGACCUUUGAGUGACUUGUCACCUCUUAUCUUCAUACUCUCGCAAGCCGUGUGAAGAACGUCAACCAAAUCCAUGGAGCCAGUAGGGUCACUAGGACUCUGGAAGGCAGGACUGGACGGUCAGACCUGGCUUUUCAGAAAAGCUCGCAUCUCUUCCAACUUCCCUCAGUUUGCAGGGCCAGGUGACCAGCAGGAAUUUCUUUUCAAAGGGAAUCUAGAGUCUCACU